UUGGUACAUGCAGCCCAUGCCUCAUCUUGCCUUGCAGGGUACUCAGCACAGACAACAGGAAUGGGUAGGAUGGCAGCCCUUGAAGUGGUCAUAGGAGUGAUCCUCUUUUCACAGACUGUGAUGGGGGUUUUGGGCAAUUCCUCUCUUCUCUACCAGUAUCUAUUCCUUUACUUCAUUGGGUGCAGGUUAAAGUGCACAGACCUGAUUCUUAAUCACUUGAUUUUUGCCAACCUCUUAACCCUCCUGUGUAGAGGAGUACCCCACACCAUGGAAGCUUUUGGCUGGCAAGUUUCCCUUGGUAAUGUGGGGUGCAAAAUACUCUGCUACCUACAAAGAGUGGGCAGGGGAGGGUCCAUCUGCACCAUCUGUUUCCUGAGUGUCUUCCAGGCCAUCAGCAUCAGCCCCAGGAAUUCCAAAUGGGCAGAGCUUAAAAUGAAGGCUUCCAAGUAUGUUGACUUCACCUUGUGCCUUAUCUGGGUCCUGUACAGCCUUAUAAAUGUUAGUUUUCUUAAGUAUGUAACUGGAAAUUGGAAAAACGAAAAUCACACAAGCCUCAAAUAUCAUGGAUACUGUUCUAGUAUUCGUCAUGACAAAAUUGCAGAGUCAUUAUAUGCAGCCCUGCUGUCCCUCCCUGAUGCUUUGUGUGUGGGGCUCAUGCUCUGCUCCAGCAUCUCCAUGGUUUCCAUGCUGUACAGGCACAGGCGGCAGAUGAGACAGAUCCACAGGACUAAUGCUAGCCCCAGAUCUUGUCCUGAAUCCAGAGCAACCAAACACAUCCUUCUCCUGGUCAUCUCCUAUGUCUGUUUUUACACACUCUCCUGCAUCUUUCAAGUUUGGUUGUCUUUUACAUAUAAUCCCACCUUUUUCCUGUUGAAAAUAUCUGCAAUAGUUUCUGGGUGUUUCCCAGCUAUCAGCCCUCUUCUGCUCUUGAGGUGUGAAUCCAGAGCAUCCAGGUUCUGUUUUGCCUGUAUAAGGAAUGGAAAAGCACCUAUUUACAUGACAAAUGGGUAA